AUGUCUUUGAUAAUGAGGCCGACAAGGCCAGAGUCAGGGUAUGAAAGCGUUGAAAAUGGCGUCGCCAAGAACUGGGACGUCGAUACCGGUAAAAAGAACGAAGAAGAAAGAGAAACGAUAUCUACCGCGAACGAGAGUGGCUCGACUAGCUCAAACCAGCCGCGCUCUCUCCUCGAAGCGUUAGAAAUUCUAAAAGAAACAGAGGAGGAGAAGAAAGCACGGCUUGACAUGGAAGAAAAAGUCAAAAACAUGCUGGAGAACCUACCCUUUUAUGUCAAACGCGUUGUCAGAACUCCUGUCAAGCCUCUAGACAAAAGUCUUCACUGCAAAGACUGCGAUGUUUGGGUCAACUCUCCUACCCAGAUGGAACAGCAUCUCGGCUCGCUGCGCCAUAAAAACACAGUCGCAGGGAUUCCAGUACCUCCUCGUAUAGAUAAAAUCGAGCCUGUCAAGCCGAAGUCAAUCUACCAGUACAAAUGCGAGCUGUGCCACAAUACGCUCAACUCGGAAGUGCAGCUUUAUCAGCACUUGUGCAGCCAAAGACAUUUAGCGGCUCUAGAGGGUAAACCACCAAAACGCAGAUGGGUUCCGUAUGAGCAAUUCCGGGCGCAUAAAAUAAUCCAAGCCAGACUCAGACAGCAGUCUGCAUACACCGUCGCUUACCAGCCGAUUCUCAUGCCCAACUUUACGAACUUGCAGAUAGGCCAACUCGGGCAGUUGCAACAGGGAGCGAUGCAAAAUGUCCAAAACGUACCCCAAUUGUCCUUACCCCCUGGAAUGCCGUUCGAUCAGUUUAUGUAA